CCGGCCACAAGCCGCUCAACGAUCCACAGUCCAAAGUCGCUUGCAGCGAAAGACAUCUAUCUAUCCCCAGUGCACAGAAAGUUGAAUCACCCCAGAAAAUAUGUACAAAUUCGUGUUGAUCGCCAGCCUGCUGGUCGCCGUCUGCAUGGCAGCUCCUCCCCGCGAGGAAACCGAAGCGGAAAGGCUAGAGAGGGAGGAGUACGAGAAGUAUCAGAAUGAGAACGCCCAGUACUCGUUCAAUUCCAAAGUGGAUGAUAACAUUAACGAUGGACAAAUCAGCCGUACCGAGGAGCGCGAAGGAGGCACUGUUCGUGGUUCCUACAGCUACUUCGAUGGCUAUGUGAAACGCCGUGUUGAGUACGUCGCCGAUCAGAAUGGCUACAGGGUGGUCAAGGACGAGAUGGAGGAUGUCGGCAAUGGCCCAACUUUCAAUCCCGACGGCAUCGCCGAAGUGGAGGGAUCUCUGAUCGGAAAAUACUCCAUCAAGCUGGACAAGACCGACGCCGACAAGCACUACAAGGACAUUCAUGCCUAGGGGAAAAUGAACUGAGGAUUUCUAACAUUUAGAAAAGAACUGAAUACUUUGUAGACCCUUAAAGUAGAGUAAAACACCAUCUGAACAAAAAUUGUAUUUCAUCUCCCAAAUAAAAUAUUGAAAAAA